GCCACCCGCGCGUACUGUUUGUUCCUUCGCGGUUGCCGUACGUCAUUGUUGACAACAAUCAUGGCGUCCUCAAUGUCACUUCUCGCUUUGGGACGUUUGUCUGCGCUCAAUGCCGCUUCUAAAACGUUCCUGAAUCCUAUCAGGUCUACAAGCACAUCAACAUUGAGGCUGGCAGAGAAACCAGGACAAGACACGCAGCUUAUUACAGUUGAUGAGAAAUUGGACAUCACCACUGUGACAGGCGUCCCAGAGGAGCACAUCAAAACUCGUAAGGUUCACAUCUUUGUGCCAGCCAGGACAGCCAUGCAGUCCGGAGCGAACAGCACCAAAAAGUGGAAGAUGGAUUUUGACACUAGAGAGCGCUGGGAGAACCCACUGAUGGGCUGGGCCUCAACGGCUGAUCCCUUAUCCAACAUGGUGCUGUCAUUCUCCUCCAAGGAAGACGCAGUAGCCUUUGCAGAGAAAAAUGGUUGGAGCUACGACGUAACAGAGAAGAGGACCUCAAAGCCACGGGUGAAAUCCUACGGAGCAAACUUCUCCUGGGACAAGAGGACCCGGAGGUCUGCCAAGUAAACUGAAGACACCCACCUGCUUUGGUGGCCUGACCUGCAGCAGACCUGUAUCAUUCGUGUUAAUAAAUACAUAAUUAUAUGAGUAUACCAAA